AUGGCAGCGCUAUCAAAGAUUCUCCUUCCCGAACGCUCUAUCAAGCAGGCCAUCUCACACCUAACGAGUCUGUACGUGAAACAUCGCACCCGGGUCUCCCGCGCGGUCUAUCUCGCGCUGUUCCUCGCCCUCGCGAAACGAAUCCACAAUGCCAUCGCCGAACAAAAAGCAGCAUCACAACGACAGGCGGAGAUGCGUGAACGGCCUGGAACAAGCAGUCUUGAUAAUAACAACACAGAAAGUAAGGGAUCGGGAAGUAGCGGCGCAAAUAGGAAGAAAGUGGAAAUCAACUUUGAAUUCUUCAGAAAUCUGUUGCGAUUACUACGGAUCGUAAUUCCGGAUUGGAAAAGUAAAGAGUUCCGUCUUCUCUUGAGUCAUAGUGUCUUUUUGGUGUUGAGGACCAUAUUGAGUAUUUAUGUUGCCGAGUUGGAUGGUAAACUGGUUAGCCACUUGGUUCGCGGUAAAGGGAAGGAGUUCUUGUCGAGUCUUGUGUGGUGGAUGACGGUGGCUAUUCCUGCUACUUUUACGAAUUCCAUGCUAUCUUAUCACCAAUGCCGUCUGGCGCUGCAAUAUCGCAAACGGCUCACGGACCAUGUCCAUGAUAAGUAUCUGUCAAACAUGACAUUCUAUGCACUUUCGGCCCUGGACGAUCGAAUAAAGAAUCCGGAUCAGAUGGUCACGGUAGACAUUUCCAGAUUCUCCGACAGUUUGGCAGAGCUAUACUCAAAUCUAGCAAAGCCGGUUUUGGAUAUGGUUCUGUAUAAUUAUCAACUCUCAAAGAAUGUUGGUAUGGAGGGCUUGUUCAUUAUGAGUCUUUUAGUCCAGCUGUCAGCCAACAUGAUGCGCGCAUUGACACCCCCCUUUGGCAAAUACGUUGCCGACGAAGCUCGCCUGGAAGGCGAGUUCCGAUUCCAGCAUACCCGAUUAAUAGAUUAUAGCGAAGAAGUCGCUCUCUAUCACGGCCACGAAGCUGAGAAGGAUAACCUUGACAAAGGUUAUUUUACGCUUAUAAAGCAUGUCAAUCGUAUUCUUCGACGACGGUUGUACCAUGGAUUCAUGGAGGAUUUUGUUAUCAAAUAUUUCUGGGGUGCUUUGGGGCUUAUGCUCUGUAGUGUUCCGGUGUUUUUCAAGAUUCCGGGACAGAUCAGUCAGACUAUGGGUGAUCGAACAGAGAGCUUUGUCACUAAUCGACGACUCCUCCUUUCGUCGUCUGACGCAUUUGGUCGAGUCAUGUUCUCAUAUAAAGAAGUUUCAGAACUCGCCGGCCACACCGCUCGAGUUUCGUCGUUGCUCGACGUCAUGGACGACGUAGCCGCAGGCCGCUUCGAGAAGAAACUCGUCUCAUCAGCAUCCACAGACGAAAACGCAGCCGUUCUCGCAGGUCGAGGAACAAUCACCGAAAGCCCUUCCAUCGAAUUCACCGAUGUGCCCAUUGUGUCACCCAACGGCGACGUUCUGGUUCGAAAACUAUCCUUCACUGUCUACCCUGGCGACCAUUUAUUAAUUGUCGGACCCAACGGAUGCGGUAAAUCUUCCCUCUUCCGUAUCCUGGGCGGCCUGUGGCCCGUUUACGGCGGAACAGUGAAAAAGCCCAAAUUUGAUGAUAUCUUCUACAUCCCCCAACGCCCCUAUUUGUCUCGCGGCACCUUACGACAACAGGUGAUUUACCCAGACGGCGUCAAAGAAAUGCGUGCCAAGGGCGUUACAGACGCCGAUCUAUUCGAGAUUCUCUCCAUCCUCGAAAUUUCCAACAUCGUCGACCGCGAAGGCGGCUGGGACGCAGAAGAAGAAUGGCGCGAUGUUCUAUCCGGCGGACUCCAGCAACGCAUCGCCAUGGCACGAUUAUUCUACCACAAACCGCGAUACGCGAUCCUAGACGAAUGUACGUCUUCAGUCACCCUCGAGAUUGAGAAAGUCAUGUACGAAACCGCCAAGAAAUUGGGGAUUACAUUGAUGACUGUCUCGCAUCGACGGAGUUUGUGGCAGUAUCAUAAGAAGAUUUUGCAGUUUGAUGGGCAGGGGGGUUAUAUAUUUACGGAUUUGGAUUGGGAGAAGAGAUUGAAGCUGGAAGAUGAGAAGGAAGAUCUUGACUUGCAGUUACGUGCUGUGCCGGAUAUUGAAAGGCGGAUUGCUGAGCUGUCGGCGGCUUGA